AUGAUCCUCGAGAAGCUCGCUUUCGAAGAUCUCAUUCGAGCCCAGAGUAUCUGCAAGAAGACUCGCGAGGUCACCCGAAGCUCGCUCCGCAUCAUGCCACGCCAUGCCGCACUAAGCACCGAGUACCGCGACGACCAAGCACUAAUCAACAAACACAUCGACUUCGACCUCACUCUCGUCAUGUGCCCAGUAGAUGACAUCGGCGGCAGGUUCCACCUGAUCGGCUCAAACCCGUACGACUCCUACGACCUUGAGCUUUUCGAGGGACCGUACCUCUUCUGUAUCGGCUUUCUUCGAUCACUAGAAGCUCAGCCGACCUGGGACUUCUGUAGCGACUACGGAGAAGGGUGGGAUGGCAAGGAAGGCGAUAAGCUUCACACGCGUACUGUCAUCAUUCAAGGUCGUGAUGGAGAGACGCAGUGUCUGUGGAGGUACUUGAAAGUCGCUAAGCUGCCGGCAUCUGGGUGGAGACUGAAGCAGGAGUACGAUGGGGUCCAGAUUACUCUUCGAUCUGACUGCUACCAGGGCCAUCCAGUCAAGGAGGUGAAGGUAUUUCCGACGACGGUCACAAUAGGCGAAGCGUGGGAGUGGUUGCACGAGCGUGUGGAGGCAAGGCAUCCCGCAGACCCAUGCCCAGACGACCAGAGACGAGACGCACCGGAAAGCACGGAGCACCGCAUCGAGUACUGA